AUGACCUGCGCUGCUGCCGCUGCCCUUUCUGGCUGUCAAAGCCUCAACGACCUGCGCUGCUGCCACAGCCCCUUCUGGCUGUCAAAGCCUCGAUGACUUGCGGUGCUCCCCCUGCCCCUUCUGGCUGUCAAAGCCUCAACGACCUGCUAUGCUGCCACUGCCCCUUCUGGCUGUCAAAGCCUCGAUGACCUGCGCUGCUGCAGCAGCCACUUCUGGCUGUCAAAGCCUCGACAACCUGCUCUGCUGCCGCAGCCCCUUCUGGCUGUCGAAGCCUCAACGACCUGCGCUGCUGCCACUGCCUAUUCUGGCUGUCAAAGCCUCAACGACUUGCGCUGCUGCAGCUGCCUCUUCUGGCUGUCAAAGCCUCGACGACCUGCGCUGCUGCCGCUGCCCCUUCUGGCUGUCAAAGCCUCGAUGACCUGCUCUGCUGCCACAGCCCCUUCUGGCUGUCAAAGCCUUGACGACCUGCGCUGCUGCCGCUGCCCCUUCUGGCUGUCGAAGCUUCGAUGA